AUGCAGGCAGGCAGGCAUCACAAACACCAACACAACACAAACACCAACACAAACGCCAACGCCAGCGCCAACGCCAACACAAACAGAAAUACCAACACCAGCUCCAGCUCCAGCUCCAGCUCCAACUCUAACACAAACACAAUCACCAUCACAAACACCAACACAAACACCAACACAAACGCCAACACCAACACCAACACCAACACCAACUCCAACUCCACCUCCACCUCCACCUCCACCUCCAACUCCAACUCAAUUGAUACGCCAACACAAACACAAACACCAACUCCAGCUCCAGCUCCAACUCCAACUCCAAUACAAACACGUACACCAUCACAAACACCAACACAAACACAAAUACCAACACCAACUCCAACACCAACACCAACUCCAACACCAACUCCAGCUCCAGCUCCAGCUCCAAGCUCCUGUUCCAGCUUCAACUCCAAAUCCAACUCCACUCCAGCUCCAGCUCCAGCUCCAGCUCCAGCUCCAGCUCCAAGCUCCUGCUCCAGCUUCAACUCCAACUCCAGCUCCAACUCCAACACAAACACGAACACUAUCACAAACACCAACGCCAAAACCAACACAAACAUAAAUACCAACACCAACACCAACGCCAAAACCAACACAAACACAAAUACCAACACCAACUUCAACUCCAGCUCCAGCUCCAGCUCCUGCUCCAGCUCCACCUCCAGCUCCUGCUCCAGCUCCUGCUGCAGCUCCAACUCCAACACCAACACCAACUCCAACACUAAAGCAAACUCCAACUCCAACGCCAACGCCAACACAAACACCAACUCUAGCUCCAGCUCCAACUCCAACUCCAACACAAACACAAACACCAAUACAAGCGCCAACACCAACACAAAAACACUCACACCAACACAAAUGCCAACUCCAACACCAACACAAAUACCAACGCUACUACCAACACCAGCUCCAGCUCCAGCUCCGACUCCAACUCCAAUACAAACACAAACACCAUCACAAACACCAGCUUCAACUGUAGCUCCAUCUCCAACUCCAACACCAACACCAACUCCAACUCCAAGUCCAACUUCAACUCCUACUCCAGCUCCAGCUCCUCCUCCUAACCUAACCUAA